AUGCCAAAGCCCGUCGUUGACUUGAUCGUUCCUAAAGUCGACAAGGUAACCGUGAGGACUUGUUCUCAGAACGAAGUACCGCAAACGCCAGCCACGCCAGUAUCAGCAGAGGGUAUUAUGUCGCUACACGAUCUGAUCAUGAAGCAGGAUGCUCGUGCUCUUGACGAGACAAGCAAGCGAGACCUGCAGAGGCACCUCCAGAAGUAUGCCAAAGCUGCACAACUAUCCUUCGCAAAGGGCGCACUGCAGCAGAAUCACAUCCAACUCUUACUAAAGAUCAACAAUGAAGCUAAGGUUCGACGAUCGACCAAGCCAUUGAUACUAGGGAGGGCAAAGGUUAUGGGCUAUGAUGAGCUCAAGGAGGCACGAGAAAAGCGUGCCGAAAAAGAGGCAGCAAAAGACGCUCAGGGCAAAAGAAAACGUGGUCGGAAACGCACGAGUGCUGCGCCAGAGGUAGACGUGGCAGAGCCGAAGCCCAAGGCGGCGCGAGUGAGCAAAACAUUGAAACCAGUAAUGUCCCCGAUCGUGCAGAUGAGCGGAACACCUGUAGCGGAGGGCGGGACUGCAUCGAAACCAUGGAAAGCCCCAGUGGCGCGGAUGUACUAG